GUGCUAUGUAUCCUGUGCCAAUCCUGUGCCAUCCCAACCAAGUCCCAACGUGUUCUGUCAUCUUGAUUCUUGUGAGCAUACGUUCACCAUUUGCACGACCGUCACCAAUUGCGUCCACGCCGAACCUUUGAGGAGACCAUCUGAAUGGGCGACUCGACACUCUGGCUACGAGGCUUCACCGACGAAGGCAGGACUUCCGCUGUCCUCGCCAUUACGAUUGCUGGUACGCCCGUCAACCCUGCCGACCCCGACUCAGUCCUCCAUUGGAUCAUCUACUACGAUAUCGGGCCCGGGCGCGCUAUCAAGUUCGACAUGCUCCCCGGUGGCGGCCCCGACGGCAUGACGGGCUGUCUGCAGGUGGUAGUGUGCGACGCCACAGCGGCUCGAGCUCAGGAGCUCGCAGCCAGCUUUACUGCAGAAACAGCAGCGCCCGAGCCUGUCACCGGACAGCGAAUCCUGGACUUGCUCCUCGAUGCACCCCGGAGGCGAAACCGGUACAAGUACGACGAGACCGGCUCUGGAUGCAGGUUUUGGUGCCGCACCGUGUUAGAGGACCUCGAAGAGGCUGGGAUCGUCCCAGCUGGUUCGCUCGGUAGCUUCGACGAAUAUGUUCUGCGGAAGAGUGAAGAGAACCCAGCGCGAUUCCCGAUGCCUACCCGUCGUGGCCGCUUCUAUUGAGAAUUGGUACGUUACUCGUCCGUGGUGGCCCUUGUCUAUAUCACUCGAUAUUCACAUCGAUAUGCUUGCUCGUUACCCUUUAGAACAUGGUCUGAAUGAAUGGUA